GCUGGGAACAUGGCGGCGCCCACGGCACGGCGUGCGCGGCGCUGAGAGCGGCGGGUCCGAGCGCUCCGGGCUCCCUUCCCCGCGGGUCCUGUCGCUGACAUGUCGCGGCUUAUCGUGAAGAACCUCCCCAAUGGGAUGAAGGAGGAUCGCUUCAGGAAACUGUUUGCUGCCUUUGGAACGCUGACUGAUUGUUGCUUGAAGUUCACCAAGGAUGGCAAAUUCAGGAAAUUUGGCUUCAUUGGCUACAGGUCUGAGGAUGAAGCUCAAACGGCCCUGAAGCAUUUCAACAAAAGCUUCAUAGAUACUUCCAGGAUCACGGUGGAGUUAUGCAAGUCUUUUGGUGACCCUUCAAAACCUAAAGCAUGGAGUAAACACUCUCAGAAGGUUCCUGCCUCAGACAAACAGACAGAGAAGCCUGUGGCAAGUGCAGCUCCUGCAGCCCCAAAGAAAGAUAAAAAGAAGAAAGAUCCCACGGAUAACUUGAAGGAGCUGGAAGAAGAUAAAAAAUUCCAGGAGUUCUUGGUGGUUCACCAGAAACGGUCUCAGGUGGCCACUUGGGCUAAUGACACUUUGCCAGAGGAGCCCAAGAAGAGCAAACCAACAGCAGCAGCUGAUUAUCUCAACUUUGAUUCAGAUGAGUCUGAGGAGCUGAGUGAGGAUGGGGAUGAGCCCUCUGAAGAUGAGGAGGAAACUAAAGCAGCAAAGAAAGGAAGGAAGAAGGCAGCUAACAGCAGAGACCUCUCAGAUAUGGAGUACCUGAAAUCUAAAGUGGUGAAGGAUUCUUCCUCAUCCAGUACAGAUGAAGAAACAGAUACUGAGGAAGAGGUGGAAGAGGAAAGUGAGACUGAGGAGGAUUCGGGCAUUGCAGAAACCAUUGGCACCUGCACAGAUAAAAAGGGGAAGGUAAAAGCCCAACACACACAGCAAGAGACACCAGUGGAGAAGAAGAAGAAAAAAGGAUCUACAGUAGAGAACCAAGGCAGCUCAGCAGAAGCCAGCACCCCAUUCACAGUGAAACUUCGCGGUGCCCCCUCGAACAUCACUGAGGAAAAGAUUCGUGAUUUCUUCUUGCCUCUGAAGCCAGUGGCAGUUAGGAUAGGAAAAAACACCCAGGGGAAGAAUUCAGGUUACAUCUUUGUUGACUUGAAGAGUGAAGCAGAAGUGCAGAGGGCCUUGAAGAGAAAAAAAGAAUACAUGGGUGGACGAUGUGUUGAGGUUUCCCGAUGCAGGAACAACCCAAAAGAAACUGUUCCAGCAAAACCCACUAACCAACCAUGGCAGAGAAGGCUGAGGGAUGAUGAGGAGGAAGAGGACUUGUCUGAAUCAGGGAGACUCUUUGUCAGGAAUCUUCCCUUUACGAGCACCGAGGAGGACUUGGAGAAGAUCUUUUCAAAGUAUGGGCCCCUCUCGGAGAUCCAUUUCCCUAUUGACAGACUGACCAAGAAGCCCAAAGGAUUUGCUUUCAUCACCUACAUGAUUCCUGAGCACGCGGUGAAGGCCUUUGCAGAAUUGGAUGGGCAGGUGUUCCAGGGCAGGAUGAUGCAUCUUUUACCAUCCACGAUCAAAAAGGAAAAAAUCGAAGAUGGGGAUGCAGAAGAAUCUUCCUCCUACAAAAAGCGCAAAGAGGCCAAGGACAAAGCCAACAGUGCCAGCUCUCACAACUGGAACACGCUGUUUGUGGGGACCAACGCUGUGGCUGAUGCCAUGGCUCAGAAGUACAACGCUUCCAAAAGCCAAGUGCUGGAUCCUGAGAGUAAAGACAGCGUGGCAGUGAGAGUUGCUCUGGGAGAAACCGAGCUGGUCCAGGAAAUUCGCCGGUUCCUCAUUGAAAAUGGAGUCAGCCUGGAUUCCUUCAGUCAGGCUGCUGGGGAGCGGAGCAAGACGGUGAUCCUGGUGAAGAACCUCCCGGCCGGCACGAGCCCGGCGGAGCUGGAGGACGUGUUCGGCCAACAUGGCAGCCUGGGCCGGGUGCUGCUGCCAGAGGGGGGGAUCACGGCCAUCGUGGAGUUCCUGGAGCCAACAGAGGCCAAGCAGGCGUUCACCAGGCUGGCCUACUCCAAGUUUCAUUCUGUGCCGUUGUAUCUGGAAUGGGCUCCAAUGGGUGUCUUCUUAAGCCCAGCCCCUCAGAAAAAAAAGGUUGAGGUUCCAGAAAAGGAGGAUGAAGCAGGGCUGGUACCAGGUGAAGCUCUAAAGGACUCAGGGGAAGCAACAGCACAGGAAGAAGAGGAGGAAGAAGAGGAGGAGGAGGAAGAAAACAUUCCUGGGUGUACCUUGUUCAUCAAAAACCUCAACUUUGCCACCACAGAAGACACACUGAAGGAGACAUUCUCCAAAGUGGGAGCCCUGAAGAGCUGCACAAUAUCCAAGAAGAAAGACAAAGCAGGCACUUUGCUUUCCAUGGGCUUUGGAUUUGUGGAGUACAAGAAGCCAGAGAGUGCCCAGAAGGCCUUACGCCGACUCCAGGGCUGCUCUGUAGAUGGCCAUAAGCUGGAAGUGAAACUCUCAGAGAGAGCUAUCAGGCCCGCUGUGAAACCCUCCCGAAAGAAACAAACUGCCAAGAAGCAGAAGACCUCCAAGAUCUUGGUCCGAAACAUCCCCUUCCAGGCCACUGUCAGGGAAGUCAGGGAACUCUUCAGCACCUUUGGAGAGCUGAAGACUGUCCGGCUGCCCAAGAAAAUGGCAGGAACUGGAUCCCACCGAGGCUUCGGGUUUGUGGAUUUUGUCACCAAGCAGGAUGCCAAGAAAGCCUUCAAUGCCCUGUGCCACAGCACACAUUUGUACGGCCGGAGGCUGGUCCUGGAGUGGGCAGACACGGAGGAGACGUUGGAGGCCCUGAGACGGAAAACAGCCGACCAUUUCCACGACUCCCCAAAGAAGAAAAAACGAUCAGAGGUUUUGAAUGAAAUCCUGGAACACCUGGAAGAGGAGGAGAACAACAAAGAUGAGGACAUGUAACAACUGCCUGGUAUCUGGUGAGGUCUCUGGCUGAUGGAUGGAGCAGGAGAAGCCUCCGUGAGGACUCGGCAGCCAGCACACUUGUUGCCGGUGCCGUCCACUCGCCCUGUGAACCCCAGGGCUGAUUUAUGCCAUGGGUCCAGCUCUCGGUAUUCCCAGCCUUUUAAACAGACCUUAAAUUCAGAGCGGGAGGAAAAACCCUUGUCAUGCCAGCAGCUCCUGCCCGAGCAUCACUUCUUAAAUCCAGGCAGGGAUGUGAUUCCCUUCAUCUCAGAAGCCGCCCAACCUGGUGGAAGAGGAACUUGGGGCGAUGGACACUUCCCUGCUGACCCCAGGGACUCGGGAACCUGCUUUUAACAUCUGAACUAAAUGGCAAUUUCUGUACAUUAAAAACCACACGUGUAUUUUAAGUUUUCCACAGGGAAUCACGUCUGGGG